GAUAUUAUAAAGUUGAUGACCACAUCAAAGGGAUCAAGGAAAAACAAGAGAAGCCUCUGUGGCAAGUAAUAUUCAUUGAUGAUGAAAUAUUGAGUAAAGAAGGACAGAAAUUUUUAGAAAACCCAUUUAAUCUAGACAUAACUCCAGAGUUUUCAGGAAAAAUACCCUGUAAAUGUGACUCAUGUAGACUGAAUUUGCCGAUUAUUUCUGAAUUAAUUUUAAGUGAAAGCAACUAUUCAAGAAAGAAGCCUGAUUACUUGACUGUAUGUGAAAGAUUGCAGUUUGAUAUUAACUGUGAGAAAACUCAUGCUGGAGAUAAAUCUUAUGAGUAUAAUAAAAAUGUGAAAGCUCACAGUCAUAAGAAAGAUCACUAUCAAGGAUUUCAAACUUCGAAGCAAUCUUUUGAAAGUAAUGAAUUUGGAAACGUUUUACAUGGUAAGACCGUCUGUAUUAAAGCUGGGAGUUUUCCAACAGGAGAGAGUUCCUGUAAGGAUGAUGAAUUUAGGAAAAACUGUGAUAAAACCACUUUAUUUAACCACAUGAGAACUGACACAAAGGAGAAAUGCUCUGAUCUUAAUGAAUGUGAGAAACCCCAUGACAAAACCACCAUUGUGGAAUACAAUAAAGUUCACAUGGCUGUGACACACUAUGAACAUAAUGAAAGUGGAAUUAAUUUCAGCAGGAUGUUACCCCUUACUCAAUCUCAGAGAACUUUUACAGGACAGAGUGCUUUUGAAAGCGAUAAAUGUGAAGAAAACUUUAGCCAGAGCUCAGCCCAUAUAAUACAUCAGAAAACACAAACUGGAGAUAAAUCAUGUGUAUAUAAUGGAUGUACAGAUAUCUUCUACCAGAAAUUAGACCUUACAAUACACCAGAAAACUCCCAUGGAAGAGAAAUUCUACCAGUCUGGUGAAUAUGGGAAAUGCAAGAAAUCGUUUUACCAGAAAGCACACUUCAUUCAGGAUGAGAGGACCCAUUCAGGGGAGAAGCCUUACCAAUCUGAGGAAUGUGAGAAAUCCUUUUGUUCAAAUUCACACCCUGUUCAACAUCCUGGAACUUACGUGAAGUUCAAACUUUAUAAAUGUAGUGAAUGUGGGAAAACUUUCUGUCAGAAGUCAAACCUCACUAAACAUCUAAGAAUUCACACAAAGGAGAAACCUUAUGGUAACAGUGGCUGUGGGAACUCUUACAAGUCACUCCUCAUAGGACACCAGAGAACAGACAGACAGAUGAAACUCUAUCAAGACAGUGAAUAUAGGAAAGCAUUCUCUAAGGUGGCUCAUCUCAAAGAACAUCAGAGAACUGACAUGGGGGAGAAACCCUAUGAAUGUACUGAAUGUGGGAAAACUUUCUCCAAGACAUCACAUCUCCAGGCACAUCAGAGAAUUCACACAGGACACAAACCCUAUGAAUGUAUUGAAUGUGAGAAAACUUUCUCUCACAAGACACACCUCAGUGCACAUCAGAGAAUUCAUACAGGGGAGAAACCCUAUGAAUGUAAUCAAUGUGGGAGAUCUUUUACCUAUAAUUCAGCCCUAAGAGCACAUCAGAGAAUCCACACAGGUGAGAAACCCUACGAAUGUAGUGACUGUGAGAAAGCUUUUGCCCAUAACUCAGCCCUCAGAGCACAUCAGAGGAUUCACACAGGGGAGAAACCUUAUGAGUGUAAUGAAUGUGGAAGGUCUUUUGCCCAUAUUUCUGUUCUCAAAGCACAUCAAAGGAUUCACACAGGGGAGAAACCCUAUGAAUGUAGUGAAUGUGGGAGAUCUUUUACCUACAACUCAGCCCUGAGAGCACAUCAGAGAAUUCACACAGGCAAGAAACCUUAUGAAUGUAGUGACUGUGAGAAAACUUUUGCCCAUAAUUCAGCCCUCAGAGUACAUCAGAGAAUUCACACGGGGGAGAAACCAUAUGGAUGUAAUGAAUGUGAG